CCCUCCACCCCCCAAAAACCCUAAACCCUAGAAUCACACAAUCUCGCCUCCCCACAUCUUAAAACUAGCCUCCCCAUCUUUGUCCCUGGAAACCCUAAAACCUUAAAUUUUCACUUUCUCUUGUCUCUCUGCUACCUGAGCCGUCAUCCAUGGCCGACGUAGAGAUUACCCGUUCAGAGAAAAAGAAAAAGAAGGACAAGUCCAAAGACGACCAAGCCCUGGCCGUCCCCGCUCAGCCACCACCCACCGCCGACGAUGCCGACUACCUAAUCAAGCCUCAGAACUUCUCUCCGGCCAUCGACACCUCUCAGUGGCCGAUCCUGCUCAAGAACUAUGAUCGCCUCAAUGUUCGAACUGGGCACUAUACCCCUCUCCCCUCCGGUUUCUCCCCGCUGAAGCGCCCUCUCACCGAGUACAUUAAGUACGGUGUGCUCAAUCUCGACAAACCCGCUAACCCUUCUUCACACGAGGUCGUGGCCUGGAUCAAACGCAUCCUCCGGGUCGAGAAAACGGGCCACAGCGGCACGCUCGACCCGAAAGUCACCGGCAACCUCAUCGUCUGCAUCGACCGGGCGACCCGGUUGGUCAAGUCCCAGCAAGGGGCCGGAAAGGAGUACGUUUGCGUGGCCCGGCUCCACUCUUCAGUACCCGACGUCGCGAAAGUGGCUCGGGCUCUGGAGACGUUAACCGGGGCGGUUUUUCAGCGCCCGCCCCUGAUCUCGGCGGUGAAGAGGCAGCUUAGGAUUAGGACCAUCUAUGAAAGCAAGCUUUUGGAGUACGAUCCGGAUAGGCAUUUGGUGGUUUUCUGGGUAUCUUGCGAAGCGGGUACGUAUAUUCGGACUCUGUGUGUCCAUUUGGGUCUUCUUCUUGGCGUCGGAGGCCAUAUGCAGGAGCUCCGUCGGGUCCGUUCGGGUAUUUUAGGCGAGAAAGAUAACAUGGUGACGAUGCACGAUGUGAUGGAUGCUCAAUGGCUGUAUGAUAAUUAUAGGGAUGAGAGUUACUUGAGGAGAGUGAUCAUGCCACUGGAGGUGUUGCUGACUAGCUAUAAGAGAUUGGUUGUGAAGGAUUCGGCCGUAAACGCCAUUUGUUACGGCGCAAAGCUGAUGAUUCCGGGGCUUUUGAGGUUCGAGAAUGAUAUCGACGUUGGGGAGGAGGUUGUGUUGAUGACUACGAAAGGGGAAGCAAUUGCCUUGGGCAUUGCAGAGAUGACUACGGCCGUGAUGGCCACUUGUGAUCACGGUGUGGUGGCAAAAAUCAAGAGGGUGGUGAUGGAUAGGGACACUUAUCCAAGGAAAUGGGGGUUGGGGCCGAGGGCUGGGAUGAAGAAGAAGCUGAUUGCUGAGGGGAAAUUGGACAAGCACGGCAAGCCUAAUGAGAAAACCCCAGCUGAGUGGCUGAGGAAUGUGGUUCUACCGGCAGGUGCUGAUUCAGCGGUUGCAGGGCUUGCUGCUAAGGCUGAACCAGUGAUAGGCAGUGCCGAGGCACCAGCUGUCGAGGGAGAGACGAAAAAGAAGAAGAAGAGGGUUAAGGAGGAGGAUGGUGAAGAGGGGCGGAAAAGGAAAUUGGAGGAAAUUGAUGGUAGCCCUGCACCAGAUGUUUCUAAGAGACUGAAGGUGAAGGAUGCGCCGGAGGAGGUUGAGGUGGAGGUUGAAAAGAAAGAGAAGAAAAAGAAGAAGAAGAAGAAAGAGGGUGCAGAUGGUGUAACUUCUGAUGUGGAUGAACCUAAGGAGGAGAAGAAGAAAAAGAAGGAUAAAGAGAAGGAUGGAGCUGGGUCAUCAGAUGAGGAGAAAUCUGAGAAGAAGAAAAAGAAGAAGAAGAAGAGCAAAGAUACAGAGAAUGGUGAGGCUGACGAUAAUGCAAAUAAAAGCGAGAAGAAGAAGGAGAAGAAGAAGAAAAAGACGGAUAAAGACUUGGAGGGGGAGUAGAUGAAUAAUUUGCAGCUUAUGUAUGUUUUAUUUAGGAAUACCUCGUCUUAUCUGCUGCAACAGGGUCAUUUGCAACUUUGGAACAUUUCAGGCAUUAUCUAUUGUUCUUGCAUUUCUUGUACCAGAGUGGUUUCUUUUUCAUCAGUUAUUUCAAUAUUGAGUCUGAUAACUUACUGUUAGCCUAGUGUUUUUCCUCUAGAGGAUUAUAUCUAAGUCUGAAUAUUCAGAAGUCAAUCCCCUGGAUCUGAUUAGAAUUUAUGCUUCCGAAUAUUAAACUAGAUUUGAAAAGGUGUACGCAUCAUCAAACAUGAGAAUUUAUUACAUUGUUA